AUGUCUACACAGAACACAGAAGGACAACAGCCUGCAGAUGAACCUGCAGAGGAUAAUGCGAUUAACCCUCUCGACCUCAUAGUAGCACUCUUCCUUUGUGCUGACAGCUUCUUGCAACAGGAACUGGCCCUCAAGAUGUCAAUGUGCCAGUUUUCUGUCACACUGCUGUUGCCCCAUGCCAAUAACAAUCAGAGUACCCUGAUGCUUUGGGCUCUGAGAGACAUCGUCAAAGAGUGGCGUCCACAUGAUUUGUCUGAAUCAAGAGGGUUUGUCGAGAACAACAUUAUUCAAGCAGAUAUUCCAUUCUUCUCUUUUGUGAGGCUGAAAAACUGCAGUUUAUCCAAGUCCCAGUGUUUGAAUCAUGUUCUCAGCCAUGUGUCAACUGCUACCUUUGUAUUCCUGGACAAAGUUGAAGAAGAGGAGCACAAGAUUCUGACUUCUCUUCAACAUGUCAAAUCUAAACUGUUCUUCAUUGUUAACCGCAAGGAGGGGAAUGUUACAGAGGAUAUGAUGUCUGUCGAGAAAACACAGAAAGAAUUAGACCUACCAAAGACCAGUGUGAAAAUCAAAGACGACAGGGUAAAUGUUGCAGGCUUUUCAGAUAAAUUGUGUGCAGCCAUCAAGAAAUCCCUGACAGAUGUAACAACCACAAUGACAAUUGAAAAUAUGCUUGAGAGAGCUGUUGAACUUGGUCUGUCUGUGGAUGAACGCACAAGUGACGACGGAAAGAAAGCAGCUCAGGAGAUUGUGGAAGGAAUCAGAGUGCAGCAUAUACCAGACUACAAGAAAGAACAACUUCCUUUGCAAGGCGUUAACUGGAAAAGGUUAUCACAGUUAGAAAUGAAGGAAUGUAGGUUACAAGAACCUGGUGAUCUAGAAAUGGAAGAAUAUAAAUCUCAGCUACAUGUAGAAAAACAACAGAUUAAGAAGGAGCUUGGCAAACACAAACUAUCACAUGCUAUGAAGAGUUUUAUUGACCACUUAUCUACAACUGACAAAGACAAAAGAGAUUUUUUCCUAAAGUGGAUAAAACUUCAGCUUAAUGCACAUUUGCAGACUGCCAUUCAACUACCUUUACUGCGUCACAAGUUGACAGAGCAGAGCAACAAAGAGGAGAAAAACAUGAAAGAGAUUGCAGAGCUGGAUCAGGAUUUGCUGGAUAGCUCUUUAGGACUAGAGCAUUACAUGAGAGAGAUGGGACUGAUCUAUGAGGUUUCCUUGCAGUCACGAGACACUGCUGAUGAAAUAUCUCAUCUUCCUGGUCUGGCUGCUGAAAUGCUGUUGGAUGGAUAUCCUUUAGAGCUCUUAGAUGGAGAUGCUUCUAACAUCCCAGAGAGAUGGGUGACAGAUGUGCUAACGGAGCUUCACAAGAAGGUCGGAGAGAAGAGCAAACUGUUGGUACUGACGGUGUUGGGUGUUCAAAGUAGUGGGAAGUCAACACUCCUCAACACCAUGUUUGGUGUGCAGUUUCCUGUCAGCAGUGGCAGAUGCACAAGAGGAGCUUAUAUGCUCUUCCUCAGAGUAAGUGAGGAUAUGCAAUGCCAGCUGAACUGUGACUUUAUAGUUCUCAUUGACACAGAGGGUCUUAAAUCUCCUCAUUUGGCACAACUAGAGGACAGCUAUGAGCAUGACAACCAGCUGGCAACCUUUGUGAUUGGCUUAAGUGAUGUCACCAUUAUCAAUGUCUCAAUGGAGAACUCAACAGAAAUGAAAGAUGUCCUGCAAAUUGCAACACAUGCUUUCUUGAGAAUGAAGGAAAUUGGUAAAAAGCCAGUUUGUCAUUUUGUGCACCAGAAUGUUGGUGGAGUCUCAGCUCACGCAAAGACCAAGGCCGACAGAAAACUUUUCUUGGACCAGCUCAAUGAAAUGACUCAAAUUGCAGCCGAAAUGGAAAAGCAGACCGCUAUAAAAGCUUUCACAGAUGUGCUGGACUAUGACAUGGAAAAAAACAACUGGAACAUCCCAGGACUCUGGCAUGGGACCCCACCGAUGGCACCAGUAAACACAGGUUACAGUGAAGCUGUAGCAGAUUUAAAGAAAAAUCUUUUGGAGACAGGGAAAGGAGACAAAAGCGAUGAAGCGUCACAAAUCCCAGAAUUUCUAGAAUGGAUGAGAAGCCUCUGGAAAGCAGUCAAAUAUGAGAACUUCAUCUUCAGUUUCAGAAACACUAUUGCGGCUCAAGCAUACGACAAUGUCUGCAAAGAGUUCAAUCAAUGGGAAUGGGAGUUUAGAAAAGAGAUUCUCUCCUGGCAGACAGCAGCAGAGUGGGAUAUCUCAUAUGGUGACAACAAAUCUGAUCUCAGUCAUUUGAAUGAAUUAGUUCAAUCAAAAAAAUUCCAGGUGGCAGAAAAAAUAGCAGACCGAGACAAAAGAAUGAAGCAAAAACUGCAGGAAUACUACAAAAGGAAAGACAGUCAUGUGAAUCUGAUAGAGAAAUUCAAAACUGAAUUUUUCAACAGUAUCAGUAGUCUUGCAAAAGAAAUCCAACGAUCAGUAAACAAUAAAUUGGAUUGUGCACUUGAGCUAAGAAAAAGUUUAAAAGAGGUCCAGGAUAUUCAAAGAAAAAACAGAGGAAUGAUUGAAGAACAAGUUAUGAACCUCUUGAGUGACUGCAAACAUCAAACACUGACUGACAAAGAACUGGAAGAUGAGUUUGAAAAGAUGUGGGCUGAAGUCACUGUAAAUGUGUCUAGCAUGGAAGAACAAAACAUACCAGCAAAAAUCUUCAAACAGUUGAAAAGGCAAUUCUUAAAUCAUAACGUCAAUGAGGAAUUAGAUAACAUUGGAGACCUAAAAGACAUUGUGAAGGAUCCAUUUAAGGUAAAAAAGAAACACUUGAAAACAAACCUGAUGAAAUAUAAAGACACAAAAAGAGAGUUGCAGAGCUUUGCAGACAGUGUUAUUGAGUCUUGCACACGGUUUGUCCAUGAUACUGCAAAAACAGAAAGAGAUUACAAUGAUUCUUUUACAAGGGAGCUUCUGGAAAAAGUGGAUGAAUCUCUGAAACAAUGGAGCAAACACUGCAAGCCCCAGUUUGAGUUUGACCUGAAACUUUACAUGUGUGGCAUUGCCUCAAGAGAGUUCCUUCACAUGCACAGAAAAUUCUUGUCAGAUAGGGAUCCAAAACUUCAGCUGGAGAAGUACAAGCCUCAGUACUUGUCAGAUUUUCUUGAUUUAUACAAACAGAGAGAUGAUUGCCAACGAAAAGCAAAGGAUUUUGUCAGAUGUUGUAUCAAACCUGCUGUUGAAGACUACAUCAGUAGAUCUCUGGGAAUAGACAUUGUAGAUGAGAUUUUGACAAGUUGCCAUUCAGCAGAGUACAGUUCACGCUCCUUUUUCCAGUACAACAUUCAGAAAGAGUUGCUGCAAAAGGAAGACUUUGAGAGUUUUGUCAAGUACAUUCAUACGUAUGACAUAUAUGUUAAGGAUUGGAUAUUUCAACACAUAUUGCAAAAAAUGUCAGAAGACAAAACUUUGUGCAAACUGAAGAAUAACAAUCUGCAGGUCAUAGUAACAAAAAUAACAGAAGCAACAGAACGAGCCUCAAAAGGAGAGGAUGGUGUUCAGCUUCCAGAUAACCAGGAAAGCAUCACAAAGCUCAUCAACAACAUGCGCAAAUAUUUGAUCAAAGACAUCUCAAUUUCAGAGGAGGCUGAAAAAAGCACCUUGUUUCAAAUCCAAAGCACAUGUCAUCCAUUUACAGAGAGCCUCAGUAAAUCAUUGGGUGAAUUAAAGGAACAGCUGCAGGAGGAAUUCUCAAACUCUGAAGACAUCACUGAGACUCUGAACAAACUUCCAAUCAAACCACAAGAUGAGCUUUUCAAGCGGAUGUUUGGCUGUGGAAAACAAUGUCCAUUUUGUAAAGUUCCUUGUGAGGCUGGAGGCAAAGAACACGAGAAACAUCAUGCAGCUGUUCAUCGGCCACAAGGUCUUGGUGGAUACAGGUUUGUGGCCACUGAGAAGCUGGUUGAAACACUGUGUACAACAAGUGUGCACAGUAAAGAUAGAUUCAAAAACACAGACACUAAAUGGAAGUACCAUCCUUUUAAGAAGUACACCACGUACUAUCCAGACUGGCUCAUUCCUCCUGACUCCACCUUCGAGGCAUCUGACUACUGGAAGUAUGUCCUGGUUCAAUACAAUGAAAGAUUUGCUCAAGAAUACAAAGCCAAACCAGCUGAUGUUCCAGAGGCCUGGAGGAGAAUCACAAAGGAACAAGCACUGAAGGGAUUAAAAGACGCUUUCAACAUUAAGUGAACAAUGUACAAUCCUGAAUAUCUUUAAAACAAAACAUUGAAACAUGGAAGA